GAAUUUUGCACGUUUUUAAUAAAACAAUAAUUUUAUCCUUUUAAUCUAUUCUUUUGCAGUAAACCUUAUUUUUUCUUAAAAUAGACAUUCCAAAAAAUAUUUUAGUAAAAAAUCAAUGUGAUUUAUUUACUUUUAAUAUGUUUAAAACUAGUUUAAGAUAACUAUGCCCGUUAUGCCUCGGGUUCCCCUAUGUGAUCGACUCUCUGGUGUUGUUUGUGCUCUGGGUGGAUGGGCGUGCAGUGCUGCUGAAUCUGCGGAAGAUGCUUUAUCUGUGAUUUUUGUAUAAAUAAUUAAAAAAGUUAUUUCUGUAAAAUAUGUUCUUCUUCAAAAUAAUAAAACGAGUUUUCUAUAUGUAUAAAGUUUUAUUUUUUUUUAAUAGCCUAAUACUCUACUUUAUGAUGUGUAUAUGGUUGUACGGAGUUGCCUCAACCCUUGGGGUAAUCUCGUGAAAUGUAGUAAUAUAACCUGAAGCAAGAAAUGAAGUAUUAGUAGAGAAAAUGAUAGUAAAAGAAUUAAACAAAGUAUUAAUUCUUUUAAUAAAGAGAUAAUUUUAUUCGCCAUUAAGGGGGAAAUAAGCAAUCUGGCUCAAGUGUAUAUACGUUAUUACUCCGGUUUCCCCUACUAUUAAUGUUCUUUACUGGCAGCAAUUUCGGAACAUAGCUGUAUUAUUUGAGUUUGUUGCAAGAACUCGAUUAAUGUUGGUUAUCUUCGUCUAACUUCAGUUGGAUCUAGAAUUUUUGACAGAUUAUUAUGUGUGGAGUAAGACAAAUUUUUAAUUUGUAAUGUUUCUUGAUGUCUUAAAAUAUUUAAAUAAUAUUUAAGUUAAGUAUUUGUUCGAAAUAGCUUGAUCAGGAUUUGCAAGAUAAUGUAUCUUAUAUACCGCUUUUUUACUAAUGUAAUCUUUACUAUGAUAAAUGCGACUAUUGUGUUAUAUAUAUGUCAACGUUUCUUCCGUGUGAUGAGAGCGCAUUAUCAGAUUAUAGCCGAAGCUGAGAGAUUUAAUUCAAUUAUUUUUGAGUCACGUGCAAGCCUCAAUUACAUCAGCUCGAAGAUAUCUGAAGGAAUGGAUCAGAUGAAAGAGGACAUUGCCAGAGAAUUGUCCAUUACCGAUCGUUUAACAAAGCUUAGUUCGAAAGUAGGUCUGUUGCUGCAUCGUUAUUCCGAAUUGGAAGAAGGAUUGAUUGAGCUGGUAAGAAUGAACUAUAAUACAAAGAGCGUGCGAAUUGAGACACCGUCUGAUAUCAAUGAGGAAGUUAAGUGCAUCCUUGCGACGACAAAGAAAAGACAAUCGCAGCAGCAGCAGUUAGACCGUCCGCGAACGCCGAGAAAGUUGCGAAUAUCGACCAACAUUUCCACGGGAGUUAAAGAAUCUCAACCAUAUAAUUCCUUUGUGAAUUCGAAGUUCCCUACGUCGCAAUCAUACGAUACUGAUGUUUCAAACGUAACGACGCCUGAGAAACAUGAAAGACUACGUACGCCUGCAUAUCCGGAAGUCCAGCUAUUGAAUGAUUUGAGACCAGCAGCUGAUGCAAAGCAGAUUGGCUUUCGACCAUCCUGGAAAUGUGAGACUUAAAAUCACAAUCGGUUAAAUUUGUUUUCAUAAUUCUUUUUGUUUUUUUUUUGUAAUUGUCUUUAUUUGUAAAAAUACAGAGAAAAUUGCGACUAAAAUAAAUGGAUACAAUGUUUUCAAUGUUGUUGUGCAGUAUUAUUUUUGUACAAUAAAGAUAUACUGCAGGCCAAAAGUUUGGAAACGCUUGCGAUCGUUUUGCUUAUCAUAAGAAAGUUUAAUUUUGGCGAUACAAAAUUGUAGAGAAAUUUCCAAACACGCAUUUUAAAGAGCAAAGAUAGUUUUUAAUUUGUAUUUUAAUUUUGUCUGUAUAACAUUUUGUUUCUAUAUUACACUAAAUUACAUAAAAUAAAAAUUGGUACUUUUUUCAAUGUAUUAAGCAAAUCAAUAACAAAUUGUUGUUAUCAAAUUUGCAAGAGAUUAGUGACAAACUCGGUAAUAUCUGUGUUUGAAAUUAGGCCUGUAUUUUGUAAAUAGAAUCUACUAAUAAAUAAUCAUUCAAUCUCAACAACUUACAAUAUUAAAAAUAAUAAUAGAUAACUGAGCGUCUAACAAAGGGAGUUCUCGAGAUGUUCACCGAUUUUAAUAAUUAUUUUAUUUUAUUUAAUAAUAAUUUUAUGGAUAUGUAUUAUUCACUCACACCUUUACAGUAGUAAAGCCGUUUGUAGCGAAACUUAGGCAUUCUCGAGAAAAUGACAAUUAAAUAUUUCCAGCAUCUAGUACCGUUACAGAAGAACGAUUGUCGAAUAAGCGACGUAGAGUAGGACGUUAAGACGUCGACAGUUGACGAUUUUAAGAAUGUCAAAAUAAAUGUUUUAAUAAAUCGUUAUAUCUACAACGAUCUUCGAGUAAAACGGUAUGUUAUUGUCCUUUUUUUGGUCUAUGGCGUUUUUCACUGAGAAAACUAGUGCGCACUGAGUGUGCACUAGCCGCUGGCAAUUGGACAUUUUGGUUCGCGUGAUGACCGUGCCAACAAAAAUGCCCAAUUACCUGCAGCGAGUGCACAUUCAAUGUGCACUAGUUUUUCCAGUGAAAAACGCUACUAGACGUUACGACACUCGAUUGUUUACAAAACUCCUUGUUUAAAAUUUAAAACGUAAGAAUUAAAGAUUUAUAAAAUAAAAACAA